AACUACGCAACGCGAUAUGGAGGGGCGUUGCCUUGAGUGACGUCGAAUAUUCGCGACUGACAGCAUGGCAGGAGAGACAUGCGUAUAAUGUUUUGAUCAAGCAAAUAUAUUUGGUUACGCUACUUUUUACGAAUAUGCAACUAAAAGGAUCAGAUGAAGACGGCUUUGGAAUAGAGAUCGUCCUUCAACAGGGAGACCGAAAACCACCAUCGUGUGUGCAUGGUCCAACUUUGUUGUUUGAGAAGGUCUGCAAAGGAGAGGAAGGCCGGAGGUUUUAUGCCUGCUCAGCGUGCAGAGACAGAAAAGAAUGCCCCUUCUUUCAGUGGGAAGAUGAUAAGGUGUCUGAGGCCAGGCUUUUGGCCAGAGAGGAGGAGAACCGGUCAAAGAUGCCUCCUUUUACCCAUCAGCAGUACUGCUCCAGGUUCAGAAAGUUCCUUGCCCUCCCCCUAGGAAGGAGGUUCUGCCAGGACUGUCAGCUCCUCCUCCUACCAGGGGAAUGGGAAAUCCACGCUUCUCACAAGAUGUCGCAGGCUGAUGACAUCACAGAGGCCCGGCUGAGCAGGCCCAGUCUAAUGCUAAAACCCCUGGAGAACAAGAAGAGUAACGCCCAGUACCUGUUUGCCGAUCGGAGCUGUCACUUCCUGUUGGAUACCCUGGCCAAGCUGGGCUACAGGAAGGUGCUCUGUGUCGGAACACCCAGACUCCAUGAGCUGAUCAAGCUAAGAAAUCAGGAGGGCAAGAGUGACCCCAUGAAGAGUCUGCUACUGGACAUUGACUUCAGAUAUGCCCAGUUUUAUGGCCAGGAUGAGUUCUGUCACUACAACAUGUUCAAUCAUCACUUUUUUGGAGGAGAGGCGGCAAGUGGGGUCCUCCGAGCCUUCCUCGGUGAGGAAGAUGGAGAGAAGGUGAUCAUGGUGUCCGACCCUCCAUUCGGGGGCCUGGUGAAGCCUCUGGCCCACAGUUUCUCUCAGAUCUCAGAGACCUGGCGGAAACUGCAGACCUCAGAGGGCAGUGUUGUGGAGAUGCCCAUAGUGUGGAUCUUCCCCUACUUCUUUGAGCCACGCAUCCUUGAGUGCUUCCCCUCUUUCACCAUGCUAGACUACCAGGUGGACUAUGACAACCAUCCCCUCUACAAACAUGGAAAAACGGGUAGAAAGCAGUCCCCAGUCCGCCUGUUCACCAACCUGACACCACGAGACAUCGUCCUCCCUAGGGAGGAGGGUUACAGAUUCUGCAAAGUCUGUGAGCGAUAUGUGUGGUCUGGGAACAAGCAUUGUACUAAAUGCAACCUGUGCCCUUCGAAGGACGGGAGAGUGUGGAAGCAUUGCUCAGAGUGUCAGAAGUGCGUGAAGCCAUCCUGGCGCCACUGCCAGUCCUGUGCCCGCUGUGCCCUCCCAGACCACCCCUGUGGGAAUAGCCCAGGUCUGGAAGGCUGUUUCAACUGUGGCAGCCUGAAGCACAAGCGCAGAGCCUGCCCCCUCAAAGACAAACGGAGGACCGAUAACAAUAGAUCCAAGGCCAAGGGAGGCAGGAACCUGCCCAAACAACCCAGGAAGUCCAAUUCCAAGAGGAAGUCUGGGGCCCAGCGCAGAGCCAACAAGUUGAAGAAGAUGACAGAAUAAAUCCCACAAUCAGACAGCAAGGGAGAUGUGUGUGUAGCAGAUGUGAAGUUGCUAGUGAGAGCUCGCCAUCUUACAUGUGUGGUUUCUGUACUGUAGACAGUCUUUAAAAAAAAUUGUACAUGAUGUUUUUGCUUAAUAAAAGCAUCAAAUAUA